AUUCUACACGUCUGACAGUUAGUGUUGGGAAUUCGUGAGUAAUACUUCGCCUUUCGUUCUAUAGUUUGAAGUAAAAGACGAAAUUAUAAAUCCUUGCAACAACCAGCGAACGAGUCAAUCGAAAGUGUACAAUCGAAUGUCAUUUAUACAUCGUCAGAGAAGAAUUUAAAGAGAAUCGCCGCGUUUUUAUUAUGUUCGUUUGAGAGUUUGUCAUUUCUACAGUGCGAGCAUUCAAUUUAAUCAAUUGACGGAGUGAACAUGCUGGAGACAGAUGGUAAUAAUAAAAAUGAUGUAACGGCAGUCCAAAUGUUCGACAACGGGAUUGAGUUAAGCGAGUUGAAAAAUUUGAUGGGAAUAACCGAGAAAAAACAGAGGUCACAACUGCAUAUCGAGUUUAAUGAUCUCAGUUAUUCGGUUUAUCAUAACGGUAAAGAGGCCAAGAAAACGAUUUUACGCAAUGUGACCGGACAUUUAGAAUCGGGGAAAGUUACGGUGAUAAUCGGUCCUUCUGGCGCUGGAAAGACGACGUUACUGAAAAUCAUCUCAGGCGAGCGAUGGCUCAAUGUCGAUGGCACCAUUACUAUAAAUGGCGUUGAACGGAACAGGGGAACUUUCCGUAAACAAAUGUGUUAUGUGCCGCAACAAUUCGCUUUACUACCAUUCCUCACAACGAGAGAAACUCUUUAUAUAGCAGCUCGAUUGAAACUGGACAUUAAGCGAAACGAACAAGUUGCUCGUAUGAUCGUGAACGAGAUCGCUGAAAGUCUCGGUCUAUCGAAUUGUCUGGAUACCUUGGCAAACAAGUUGAGUGGCGGCGAAAGGAAGAGACUUUCCAUCGGAGUGGAAAUGAUCACUAGCCCAUCCGUUUUUUUAUUGGAUGAGCCGACGAGUGGCCUCGAUAGUGCGGCAUCUAAUCAGCUCAUUAAUGUGCUGCAUAAUAUGGCGAGAACAAAUUGCACUGUGGUUUGUGCAAUACAUCAACCUAGCAGUCAGAUGAUCUCGCAGUUCGACAAUAUUAUGGUACUCGACCGAGGUAGAUGCAUGUACUGCGGUCCAAAGAGCGAUAUACUGAACGUGUAUGAGUCCGCUGGAUUCACGUGUCCGCGCUUUUACAACAUAGCUGAAUUCGUACUUGAAGUAAUAACCGAACAGAGAGAUGGAGAUUUGGAGAAUUUAUACAAGAUCUGCUGUAGUGAAUACAAAAAGUCUAAAGACGAUAAAUAUCUUAAAAAUAAAAUAAAUUUAUCGACUACUUCUGAACAAAAUUUCAAAAAAGAUGAUGUACUUACAUCCGUAAAUAGUACAAAACAAACCUUGUCAACGUGGCAGCAACAAAAGAUAUUAUUUUUAAGGGCUUUGAUUUGCAUUAAACGAGACAGCACCAUGACGAUGUUGAGAUUCGCGGCACAUGUCACGGUGGCACUGCUAUUGGGAGUGGUCUUUUAUAAUUUCGGCGAUGAUGCAAAAAAGGUCAAUAGCAACAUAGCAUGCUUAUUCUUCCUUUUACUGUUUUUAUUUUUUGCAAAUUCGAUGCCGGCAGUGCAGAUGUUUCCCACGGAAGCGGCGGUGUUUCUACAGGAGCAUUUAAAUAAUUGGUACUCCUUGAGAGCUUACUAUAGUGUAAAGAUAUUAACAGAUCUCCCGAUGCAAAUACUUUGUGCCUCGUCCUUCAUGUUUAUAUCGUAUUAUAUGACUGGACAGCUGAUGGAGUCUAACAGGAUUCUGCAAACGUGGAGUAUUUGCGUACUGAUAACGAUUCUUGGACAAACAGUGGGAAUUCUGACGGGUUCGGCUUUUAACACUGAGAUAGGUAUUUUCUUAAUACCGGCAUUAAGUAUACCAUUACUGCUAUUUGCUGGAUUCUUCUUGAAAAUAGGGGAGAUAUCGAUGUAUUUGCAGCCUUUAAGCACCAUAAGCUUUUUCAGAUAUGCAUUUGAAGGAAUGAUGCAAGCGAUCUAUGGUUUUAAUCGACCGAAUUUAUAUUGCUCAGAGAUUUACUGUUAUCAUCACUCAUCAAAUGCAAUUCUCUCGAUGAUGGACAUGCCUACGGUAUCAUUCUACGUAAUUUUGAUGAUACUUGGCUGUUGGAUAUUCUGUUUGCACGUUAUCGUCUAUACGGUACUUUGUUGGAAAAUUUAUUAUGCGAGAAAGUGAUGAUGUGUAUAUAAGAUUAAUUUCAAUAAAUGUAUGUACUUACAUACUUGUCUUUGUAUCUCUAAGUUAAUCAAUUAGAAUGAAUCUUGUCUUUACAAGCGUAUACAGAAGAUAAUGAAAUAAGAAAAAAUGUAAAAGACGUUACUAAUAAUAAUAUAAAUUUUACUGUAUCGAGAUAUAAGAUAGUCUUGCUAUAAUACAGAUAUAAUAACAAUAU